AUGACACUAAUCUCAGAAGUUCGGGUUGUCACAUUGGGUCCACUCGGUUACUUCUUGGGUCUUGAAGUUACUCACUCUGAUGCCAGUCUUUUUCUUAGUCAGGCGAAAUAUGCACAUGACAUUUUGUCUCGUACUGGACUGUUAGAUUCCAAACCUGUUGCCAUUCCUCUUGCUAACACUAAUACUUUUCUUAGCAAGGGUGUUCCGUUUCAUGAUCAUACUAUUUACUAUUUACAGUUGGUUAAACGGAUACUCCGUUAUGUUAAAGGAACAAUUUCCUUUGGGUUAACCUUCUCCAAACCAACUUCAACAACUAUUGUUGGCUACUUUGAUGCAGACUGGGCCCGUUGUAUUGAAACCAGACGCUCCACUUACGGUUAUUCUAUUUAUUUGGGUGGCAAUCUGGUUUCCUGGAGUGCAAAGAAACAACCUACAUUCUCUCGCUCUAGUUGUGAAUUUGAAUAUCGUGCCAUGGCAAAUACUGCAGCUGAAAUCAUCUGGCUUACUCACCUUCUUCGAGAACUACACGCUCUACCUAUGGCUCGUCCGACUUUGCUCUGUGACAACAAGAGUGCAAUUUUUCUAAGUCAAAACCUAGUUUCACACAAACGUGCAAAGCAUAUCGACAUUGAUUAUCAUUUCAUGCGUGAGCUUGUUUCCUCUGGUCGUUUCUAUACAAAGUUUGUUCCAUCCAAUCUCCAGGUUGCAGAUAUUUUCACUAAAAUUCUCUCAAGACCUCUCUUUGAAAAACUUCGAGGCUUGCUUCAUAUUGGUCCCCCGCCUGUUCGAUUGACCGGGGGUAAAAGCAUAACGUAA